CAUGAAAAGGUUCCUUUCUAUACUAAUUUAUAAAAUAUUUUUAUUUAAAACAAAAUAUUUUUAUGAUACCUAAUAAUAUUUUUACUAAAACAUAUUUUGCCUCAACACAAUAAUAAAGUAAAACAGCCUGAACCGUUGCAAUGAGAUUUUGAAAACAACAUCAAGUUGCCUAGCAACGUGGUUGCCAUGACUGCUCUAAUGUCAAUGUAGCUUUCUAAACCAAAUAUUAUUAUUCUGAGUUUCUUUAGUUCUAUCUGAGUUGAGAAUGGCUGAAAGAGCCCCAGUGUCGGCUGAGGAUACCUUAGUUCGCUACGAUAACCCAGUGUUAGUGACUAAGCAACCCGAAAAAGUUACAUCACCCCGCAGCGCCAAUGUAAUCCAACCGUGUGUGCCGACUGAAGCCAAACGUGAGACUGAAGAAAUUUUGAAUGCCAUCUUACCUCCUAAGGAAUGGGAGGAAGACGGACAGAUUUGGACCCAGAAGAUAUCGUCGACGCCUGCGACGCGCCUAGAUGUCAUCAAUUUGCAAGAGAUGUUGGAUACCCGUCUGCAACAGCGGCAGGCGCGGGAAACUGGCAUAUGUCCGGUUCGACGACAACUGUACACGCAAUGCUUCGACGAACUCAUAAGACAGGUAACAAUAAAUUGUGGAGAAAGAGGACUCUUACUUCUUCGAGUACGUGAUGAAGCGAGAAUCACAAUGGAAGCCUACCAAACGCUUUACUGCAGCUCAAUCGCGUUUGGUAUGAGGAAGGCAUUACAAUCUGAACAAGGCAAAUCCGACCUCAUGGACCAAGUAGCGAAGUUAGAAGCCGAACGUUCAGCUUUGGAGAAACAGUGCAUGGAACUAAAACAAAAGACUGAACAACUGGAGCGACGCGCGGCCGAGUUGCGAGCCGCUGAAGAGAAGCGUCACCAAGAAGAAUUGCUGGCGUUGAAAAAGACUAACGCACAACUCAAAGCGCAAUUGGAAGGAAUCAUUGCACCGAAGAAAUAAGAAGGGUGUGUUAUUACUUAUUUUUAAGAUGUUUUUGUUAUAGUUGCAGACUUAUAAUUCAUUUAAAUUGUGA